CCCCGCCCUGUGGUGCUCGCUAACGCGCCCGAGUCGGUUUGUCCCGUGUGGGGUCCCGUCCCUCAGGCCGGGGGACGCGGAGGUCUGGAAGAGGACAGCAGAGAAGCUGAGAGCGACGCGGCGCCAGCUGAAGAGGGACGAAUGGCGGCCACAGCGGCAGCAGGAACGGCAGUAGCGGCGGCGGCCUACGCCAGCCUGAAGCUGCAUAUAACACCAGAGAAGUUCUAUGUGGAAGCUUGUGAUGAUGGAGCUGAUGAUGUGCUUGCUAUUGACAGAGUCUCCACAGAGGUCACCCUCACAGUUAAGAAAGAUGUUCCCCCUUCAGCUGUUACAAGGCCUAUAUUUGGCAUUUUGGGAACAAUUAGGUUGGUGGCAGGCACAUACCUGAUAGUAAUAACAAAAAAGAAAAAAGUAGGUGAGAUUUUCAGUCAUGUCAUCUGGAAAGCAACAGAUUUUGACAUCCUCUCCUACAAAAAGACCAUGCUGCACUUAACUGAUAUUCAGUUGCAGGACAAUAAAGUAUUUCUGUCAAUGCUCAACCAUGUCUUGAGCGUGGAUGGCUUUUACUUCUCCACCACCUACGACCUGACGCACACCCUGCAGCGGUUAGCCAACACCAGCCCCGAGUUCCAGGAGAUGAGCCUCCUGGAGAGGGCAGAUCCCCGGUUUGUGUGGAAUGGACACCUCCUCAGAGAAUUUGCUGCUCAACCAGAGAUCCAUAGGUUUGCUACACCAGUGAUGCACGGAUUUAUCACUAUGCACUCCUGUUCUAUUAAUGGCAAGUGUUUUGACUGGCUGCUUGUCUCCAGGAGAAGCUGUUUCAGGGCUGGUGUUCGCUACUACGUGAGAGGUAUUGAUUCGGAAGGACAUGCUGCCAAUUUUGUUGAAACAGAACAAAUUGUGCAUUACAAGGGGAGCAAGGCAUCAUUUGUUCAGACCCGUGGAUCAAUUCCUUUUUUCUGGUCUCAAAGACCAAACCUCAAGUAUAAACCAAAGCCACAGAUCAGCAAGUCAGUAAAUCAUAUGGAUGGCUUCCAAAGACACUUUGACUCUCAAAUAAUUAGCUAUGGGAAGCAAGUGGUUGUCAACUUGGUUAACCAAAAAGGUUCAGAGAAGCCUCUUGAGCAAACAUUUGCAAAAAUGGUGAACAGCAUGGCAAAUGGAAUGGUCAGGUAUGUAGCAUUUGACUUCCAUAAAGAGUGCAGUCGGAUGAGGUGGGAUCGACUGCAGAUUUUGAUGGAUCAGCUAGCAGAGCAGCAGGACGAGUUCAGUUACUUCCUAGUGGACUGUGAUGGUAAAAUCGUGACCCAGCAGGAGGGGAUAUUCCGCAGCAACUGCAUGGACUGCCUGGACCGCACCAACGUCAUCCAGAGCUUGCUGGCGCGGCGCUCCCUGCAGGCACAGCUGCAGAGGCUGGGUGUUCUGCAUGUUGGACAGAGGAUUGAAGAGCAAGCAGAUUUUGAGAAAAUCUACAAAAAUGCCUGGGCUGAUAAUGCUAAUGCUUGUGCCAAACAAUAUGCUGGAACUGGUGCCUUAAAGACAGAUUACACAAGAACUGGGAAGAGAACUCAGUGGGGCUUAAUAAUGGAUGGCUGGAACUCAUUGAUACGUUACUACAAAAACAACUUUUCUGAUGGAUUUAGACAAGAUGCAAUUGAUCUUUUUCUUGGAAAUUAUUCAGUGGAUGAAGUAGAACCUGCUAGUCCUCUACAUGUCAAGAAAGACUGGAAGUUCUUAGCUUUGCCUAUUAUUAUGGUGGUUGCUUUCUCCAUGUGCAUUAUUUGCUUGCUAAUGGCUGGUGAUACGUGGACUGAGACACUGGCCUACGUGCUCUUCUGGGGAAGUGCAAGCUUUGGAACUUUGGCCAUCAUCCUUUACAACGGCAAGGAUUUUGUAGAUGCGCCCAAGCUGGUCCAGAAGGAGAAGAUGGACUGAAUUUGUGUGUGUGGAAAGCGGCUUGGUACCGAGGAUUCCUCAAGCCACACGUGGAGUCUCUACUGACCUGCUUUCCACACCAGACAGUGCUCUUUUUAACAUUCUUCCCUGGCAGUGUGAGGGCUGGAGGGGAAAUCGUCCUUCGGUGGUGGUAGCUUUCAACUGAGACCUGACUUGACAGUCUGAGCUGCAAUGGUCUUUGGAAUAUUGCAUUAGUGGAGGGGGCUCUGCUCUUACUGAGGUAAUGCAGAGGCAGAAGACAGCUUUUUGGUGUCUGGCAUGUUUUGGGGCAUAAGUGGACUGCUUAAGCUGUCCACCUGGGCUGUUUCAGCUAAAUCUUUGGUCUCUGGCUUGACAAGAGAGCCCUGAUCAUGUUCCAGUGUCAAAGAGAAACCUCAAACAGAUGCUGAAGCAUUAAUAAUAGAGCUUCUAAUCACAGCUUCUGAAUAAAUAUGGCUCCAUACCAAUGAAGCCUCAUUCCCAGGCUUGCAGCUGGAUUGUUUGUGCUAAGUCCACGUUAAGGAGUCCUUUGUGCAUAUUUGUCUGGAUUCUUUUUGCUCAUUGAAUCCUAAAGCUCUUCUAAAACUCUGUUUUGUCUUGAACUGAUGCAGUAUUUUAUGGACCAUUGUUUGGGUGAAAGGACAGUAUAACUGGAUGUUCCUGAAGUUGCAGAUGUCUUGCACUGUUGCAGUAGUACAGUCUUCAGAUGGUGAUUCAUUAGUUAGCAAAUCAAAAGACAACAUUUUCUUUCUAAACAUGUAAAAUGAAAUCAAAGAAUGUAAAAAUCCUUUGCAGUGUUUAUUGAACCUUCCUUAUGCUAAGAUCCAAAGUACUACAUGACUUUAAGAAUGGGUCACAACAUAAGGUGAACUUCACGUUUUGCUAGUCAGCUGCUUCUAUUCUCGGUUAUGUUGAAGUAACUUGUUAAAGAAGGAGAAACAACCUGAGGAGAAAGCAUUUAGCCUAAACUCCAUACUUGCACUUGGGAGCAGCAGCUUGCUUUUCAUGCAUGAUACUGUAACACUCUUGAAACAAAAAGCUACAGAAAAAUUUGUGCUGGCUAAUAAUAAAUGUGUGUCUUUUCAAUUUAGUGCUUCCAAGCUGUAUAAAAAAAAAUAAUAAGUAAUCCUAAUCAUGGACCAAUUGAGACCUAUUUUGUCACUUAUUUUCUAUGGUUUGUUCCAGCCAUGGGCCUGGCUUAAGGCGCUGUACAUUGUUUCAUAUUUCCUGUAAAGUACAGCUGUAUAUUCAGGUUGCAGGGGUAAAAUUUAAACAGGGGGGUGGGGAGGGGGCAGAGCUGUAGAAUACUAGGACUAGCACAGUUGUCACUGUUGAAGCUAGAACACGAAGCACUGAUGCUCCAGUGUGUCCUUGUGUUAUGACUGAAAAUAUGUACAGAUUUUUGCAACUGUUAACUGUUCAUUUUAACUAUGAAUGUUUCUGGAGAGGCCUCUCUGGGUUUUGUGUAGACAUGACCUGUCCAUAAGCACUAGUAUUGGCAAAGUGUCUGUUUGCUUCUAGAUGCUGUAGCAGAAAUACCAGCUGAUGGUUAAGUGGAAACUUCAAAACUUUCUGAGGUGAACUCCAUUAUGGGCAUAAAGUAGAAGAGCAUCACAGACUCGACAUUUGAAAGCGAUGGUUUUGGUGGCUCCCUGGCAGCAGUGUGUGAAACUCAAUUCAGUUGUCCUGCAGUCUGGAGCG